CGGAGCGGCGGCGGCAGAAAUGGGGAUGCUCAGCCUGCCCGGCUUUCUGUCCUGCGGCAAGAAGAAGGUCUGUGCUGUCCUGCCAGCGAGCAGCUGGAUUGGCAGCCCAGCUGGCUAUGCCCACCCUUUGCGGCUGCCCAGCCAUGUCAAGGACUUCAAUUUGACAAAUGAAAAAGAUGCCCCUGACAGCGAUGAGAACUCGGAGCGUGGCAACUGGUCUAGCAAAAGCGAUUACCUGCUGUCCAUGGUGGGCUAUGCCGUGGGCCUGGGCAACGUCUGGCGCUUUCCCUACCUCACCUACCAGAAUGGAGGAGGUGCUUUUCUAAUACCCUACACUCUAAUGUUGGCAUUAGCCGGCUUGCCCUUAUUUUUCAUGGAAUGUUCCCUGGGACAGUUUGCCAGUCUAGGGCCAGUUUCCAUCUGGAGAAUACUACCAUUGUUUCAAGGAGUGGGCAUCACAAUGGUCAUGAUCUCAACAUUUGUGACUAUCUACUACAACGUUAUCAUUGCUUAUUCACUCUACUACUUAUUUGCCUCAUUUCAAAAAGUGCUGCCAUGGUCAGACUGCUUUUCCUGGGCAGAUGAAUUCUGCAGCAAGACACGAAUAGGUACCUUUCUUAGCGGAUUUUAAUAUUAUAGUUUUUGGCAAUUGGACUGUUUUCUGGGUGAAAGGAUAGGAGCAAGACAGCUACCCGUGGCUUCAAAAGUCCUUCCUGGAGUUUUGCAUCUGAACAGAGGAGUGAUGCUUAUCCACUUCCCGGCCACCAGUUCUGGGUGCUUGGGAAAUCCACAGAGUAGUG